CUCGGACAAUCGGCAUUCUCGGAGGUCAUCUACACAAGCACGUAGGUACAUGUACUAAAGUAUAUUACCUAGUACCUCCUAGUACUUCUGGUGUCGCAGAGUGGGCCCAGAUGACUGAGAUCCACAGGAAUAUUCCAUGCGACCGACUCACACGAGCUGGACUGGUGUUGAACAGCUGGAGAAUGUAACUCGAGCACUCUCGCUGCAGACACGGCCAUCAUACCGUGAACACAGCGCUGCCAUCCAUCGGAAUAUACCUACUAUACAUACGCACUCCUCCACCAGUACAUAUGUACUAAGGUAAAUACAGUCUUCCGCCCGUCUGCAGCAGAUCGGUAUGCUGUUCGUCCAUCAUGGGCGUGCUCAAAGAUCUGGAGACGUUUGUGGUCAAUGCAGCGCAACUACGAGAAGCCGGAAUACCGUCAGUGUCCAUGGCAUUCCUGGAUGACCCGCUCAGUCCAGUCCAGCACCAUGUGAUGUCGAGUGGAGCUGAAAACGCAGAAACAGUAUAUCAAGCCUGCAGCAUAUCCAAAGCCAUUACCGCGUUGGCAGUGGCGAAGUUGGUGGACCAGGGCAGACUCAGCUACGACACGAAGAUUAUUGAACAUAUCCCGCCGCCGAUUGCAGAAUCCAUUGUGGACGACAAGACUGAACACCUGUUGCAACAUGUCACGGUUGGCAUGCUCCUCAGUCAUCGAUCGGGUUUAUCGCAGCACGGAUUUCCUGGAUAUGUGGGCGAGCCCGCAAAGUAUCCAGAACUAUUCAGCGGAAAGCCUCCUUCCAACACGCCUCGCAUACGAUUCACCAGCUUGCCUGGGAGUCAAUACAGUUAUUCUGGCGGCGGAUUCACGCUGCUGCAGGUCGUUCUGGAACACAUCACAUGGACGCCUUUUGCAGACUUCAUGCAAGAGACUGUCCUAAUACCCCUGGGCAUGUCACGGAGUCGAUAUGGUGAUCCUAUCUCGGGGGACAACAAUUACGCCCGGGCAUACUCUACGGCGUACACACCCGGCACAUCAUCGUCUCGGGGCUACCAUCGAUUCACUGAACUAGCAGCUGCUGGACUAUGGACCACGCCAUCGGAUCUCCUGAAGGCUACUGCUGCCAUUCAGCGUUCAUUGUACUCUCAAAAUGGCUUCCUCAGUCCAAAGACUGCCCGAAAAAUGCUCACACUGGUUGCUCCCAACGACGCACCAUCAGCUCGACCCAUGGGCAUGGGCUGGGCAAUGGACCGGACAUUCUUUGGCCACACUGGACAAAACGAACCAGGCUACACUUGCUAUGUUCUCGGCGGACAUAGAAUCAACGAGAUACCUCCCAUUUUCAACAAUCCCCGUCUGAUGAGUCUGGCCAUCAUGACCAACUCCGCACUCGGAUGGCCCACAAUCAAAAAACUGGUAGCCGCCAUCUUCACAUUUCGCGUGUGGCCCCUAUACGACACUCUGCCUGCGAAUUGGAACAUGACCGACUUCCCCCCAUAUACCGCUCCAGAAGGCUUGAACACGGGCGACAAAUGGAAAGAUUUCGUCGGCCACUGGACAUCCAAGAAAAUCCCUGGCUCAUAUUCCUCUCCACCAACAACAGCCACCACCACCACCACAACAUCAUCUGCAUCUCCGCCUAACCCUCAACAACUGCAGCAACAACAACACUCUCCCGCCGGAACCGUCGACACCCCCUCCCACCUCACAUCCCUACUCACCCUGCACGACGGCGAAUGGGAGAUCUUCGAAGACAACGGCCUUCCCAUGCUCGCCUUCGAUGGCGUCGACCAAGCCAUGCGUCUCCGGCCCGGCGCCAGCCCGUGGUUUCGACUGAAUGGGCGUGUCGACAUGGCAUUUGUGGUGGAUGGGCUGGAACUCGGGGUGCGAAUGUGUUUCCAACCGAAAGUGCAAGGCGAAUGGAGGGAUUUGCAGAGUUUGAUGCAGGCGACGCAGAAUGAGGAUGAUAUGUGGAUUGAGUUGGUGCAGGAUGCUGUGACGGUUUUGAGGAGGGUUUGAGGAGUUGUGGAGUUGAGUGUGAGGUAUGAUGGAUGAAUGUCGGGAUGAAUGAAAAGUAAGGUAGGGUGGAAGUACAUCCAUCCGUACAUUCUUGUGACAGUUGACACAAAACGACGAUUGUAUGCCGAUGUGCUGCUCUUGACGUUUGUGUAUAUGUGUUUGGUGGCCC